AUGAACAAAGGAAUAUUGAUCGGUUCGCUGAUACUCUCUACGGUUCUUUUUGUCUUUUUGACAUUCUUGCUCAUAGUCUUGAUAAAGGAAGCAAAGAAUGACAAAGCAGAUAAACGAAAGAGCGAUGCACAAGCACAGGAACUAGGCAAUAAUGAAGGGGAUGGCAGGAAACAGGCGGGAAACACAGUAUCGAAUAAGGGCAGUGGAACGGCAGCCUUAUUUCAUCAGCAUUCACCGAAUGUAAACGCGAAUCAAAAUUCCACUAGACAGAAUAGAUCGGUAUCUUCUCCUGGUGAUGGUGGCUAUAGUCCGGCAAACACCAGUUCGAAUGCAGAACAAGGUGCAAACACUCCACCGGCGAAUAGCAUGCCUAGAGCAGAUCCAUCGGGCUCGCCAGGUUCACAUGCUACCAAUAACUCAGCAGUCCCUCCCAAUAGCUCAUCAAGUUCUUGGACAUGGGGAGGAGUGCUGAGUAAUCUUGUUAGUUAUCCAGUGAGCCUUUUCAGUUAUAUUACCGGAACUAUACGUAGACGCUUAACAGGUAGUGAUUCAACAUAAUGUAGCUAUGGUAUAUUAAUGAAUAAUCACCGUAUGUCUACCACGUUGAUUGAAAAUACCAUUAAAUUAAAAUGUAUCAGUAA